AUGCUGGGUCAGUGGAUUGACUGGUUGUUUGCUGUUGCAUGCUGCGCAGUGCUAAGGGCGACCGCAAGCCCUUCUGUCUUCCCGCAAAAUUGCGCCGACUGCGUUAGCAGGACUUGGAGCUGCCGCAAGAGCUGCCGACCCAGUGAUACCAAACUCUUGGAGUUUGAUUUUCAGUACAAAGAGCUGCCAUGUCGGGAGGUGAUCCCUUGGAACGAGAGUUCCUUGCAGAUAGACACUGAUCUUUGGUGCACAUAUCCGAGAGUGGCAGGUUGCGACUUCUGGGGCUACUGCAAUCCGUCGAUCAAUUGCCGAAACAUGAAUCGGUAUGCGCCUCCCCGCAUCGUUUCGGCUAUGGACUGCGAGAGUUCUGCUUCUGUGUCCAGUUUGGUGGUUGAGAAGUGCUACUGGCACUGCAAGCACCAGAGACCCGUGGCGCGAUGCGUCGUGUCUUUUGACUCGCUGGGCAAGUACCGGAUGCAGCAGAGGCUGGACAAAUGUUGGAUCCAGGAGAAAUGCCAAAAUCGCAACAUGAAAGCGAAAGCCACCUGCAAACCUGAACCUCCACCGGCUGACCUGCCAAGUGUAGAGGUCUCGGGCUCAAUGAUGCUCCUGGUGAAACAACGCGCGAAGUUCUUGGCUCAGCCAAAUUUGAAUUUUGCCCUGCAAGAUGCGAUCAUCAGAAUGGUCCCGCAGUGCGACUUUGGCCACAUCUUCGUCCAAGCGCAGUGGGAGGUCCCCCCAGAGCGUAGCAACCGAAGUAACGCAGUGAAGGUGGACUUCAACAUGUCGGUGCUGGCCGAUGACCAUGGCACCUCCGAUGAGCGCGCGCUGAUAGCGGAAAUGGCGCUGCAGAAUGUCUCCGAUGUCAGGCUGCUGGAGGCGGUGAAUGGUGGCCUCUCAUCCGAAGGUUUGAAGUUCCUGGUAGAUGAUGCCACCUUGAACGUGCAGCCGGUGAGGCUGAAUGAGACACUGCAACGAGGUCCAGGCUCGCAACAGGAGUUCUUUGAGACUGUGACGAUGAUGCGCUUUUACCAAAAGCAUUUGGAGGAGGUGGGAUCUGAGCUGCAAGAACUACAGGCUGAUUUGAAGUCGCAGAAUUCCCAAACUCUGCCAGAAAAUGUGCGAGCUAAGCAAAGUGCAGCAGCCAAGCGCCUGUCGCAAAUCAUGGCCUCGCAGGAUCAGAUGUCGAGCUAUGUGGCACAGGCCAUCACCAGGCACAGCUCCAACAGCGAAGCUUUCCAGGAUGCCUGGAACAGGUCACAAGCUGUUGAGUCCUGGCUGCAGCUUCCAGCCCUGGAGUUGGCGGCAGCCAAGGCCAACUUGUCCUCCACCAAGGCGGAGCUUGCAGAACUACAAGCCAAACGCUUCCGAGCAGAGCAACGCAGCAGCAGAUCUCCCCCUCGGCAACAGGCCCUGGAAGCGUUGAGACAACAAGGAAAGCUGAAUACCAGAUUGAAGGCCAAUGCCACCAGGUUGGCCCGCUCUGUUGCUGAUGCAGAGGAGGAGUUGGAAUACCUCCAGGACCAAUUCUUAGAAACCCAACAUGAUCACACCGAAGCCGAGAAGGAACUCAGUGAAGCGGAGAAGGCGCUGCAAAAGGAGAUCAGCGAGCACGGCCAAACGCUGGAAGAGUUGGAAUCUGCAGACCGGCGAAUCUCAAGAAUCACUUUGAGUUUUGGCCUUGUCAUGGGCUGCAUGGCCAUCAUCAUCGUGGCACUUGGAAGUGCUUUGGUCGUAUGUGGCCGACAGAAAGCCGCAGAUAUCUCUGUGAUGCCGAUAGCCGAGGGCGCAAGCUGGGCACUUGGUUCGCAGCCUACAAGGGAAAACUAA